AUGUCGCUCGUCGUUGCCAUGCGACGCCUCGCUCUCGCCGCGCUGAUCUCGCUUCUCGUCAUCUUGCCGCUCGCUGCUGAAGCCGAGGAGCAAGCAGCAUCAACCGGCAGUGCUGACGUGGAUCUGACGAAGCUGAGAGUCAAGGAGCUCAAGAGAAUGCUGGAGGAACGAGGGGUGGAGUGUCAAGGCUGCAUAGAGAAGGAGCAUCUGGUGAGUCGUCUGAGGGAGACCAUUCACCUGCCGGUUCUCACAGAGGAGGAGAGGCAGCAGAGGCAGCCCAAGGAAGCUUCCAAGAAAGCAGCCUCGUCUGAUUCGUCCUCUGGCGACGACGUGUCAUCCAAGGAUGCUGAUAUCCAGAGGAUUUUGGAAAAACUGAAGGCUUCUGGAAACUUUGGUGACAAGAUCAAGAUGUUUUCGGCCAAGGACUUUGAGAACCUUGCGAAGAAUGUGGAUCACCGGAAGGGAGAGGGUUACGAUGAUGACAUGUGGAAGCAAUACGAUGAAAAGCUGUGGAAGGACCUUGGCAAGGGGAAGAAAGGGGCACCCAAUGACGAGCUAUAA